CACAUUUCAACAUAUUUUAUUUGAUCAUUUUAUCGGAAAUGGACUCCUCUGAGCACGGCUCUUCAAAGUCAUCUACAGGUGUAACCAGUGGAGGGACGCUACCGCCAGGCCUGACAGAGGAGGAGGCAGAAGAGAUACAGGUGGAGCUCACCAAGGUGGAGGAUGAGAUUCAGACACUGAGACAGGUUCUUGUGGUGAAGGAGAGGCACGCCACUGAGCUCAAGCGCAGACUUGGCAUCGGUCCCCUCUCCGAAAUCAAACAGAACUUCACCAAAGGCUGGCAUGAAGUUCAGUGCUCCAAUGCAUACCUUACAGCUUCAGCCACAUUUGAGGAAAUUGGACGUUCUGAUGCCUAUAAGAAGACUCAGGAGACUCUGUCUCAGGCAGGUCACAUGACAUCAGCUGCGUUCUCCUCAAUGGGCUCUGCCAUCAGAAACCGUUUUGGAGAAAUAAGGGCUCUGCCGUACUCUAACUCUGGUAGCAACUUUUCCAUGCGUCACUCUUUAAGUAUGCCAGCUAUGAGGAACUCGCCAAGCUUUAAAUCCUUUGAGGACAAGGUGGAGAAUAUGAAGUACAAGGUAAUGGGGCGAUCAAAUGGAGAGAGCGACCAUUCACCAACCAGCAACAAUGCACCUUUCUGAUCAGGAAGCACAACCUCAUGACCAAGAACUGAUCUCUGUGAUCCUUCUAUAACGCUGCGCCCAAAUACACUCCAGUCUCUCCACUGCUAAGUUACUUUCAAAUGAAUGUACAGAAAGAAAACGAUGCUUUAAGAAACCAAGAUGCCAACAUGCAAAGAGAUAAUGAUUACUUUAACAACUGACACCCUUGCAUUAUGCAUUGUAGCCAAACAAAACCUCUUAAAUUAGAAUGUAAAAAAACAGAUAACCCUUUUUGGGACUGUUAGAUUUUCUUCUGUGAAUCGAAUUACCUUUAAAUCUAUUGUAAUAUUUUAUUUUGUCAAACAACAGGGCUUCUCUGACACUUGAGUAGUAAAUGGUCUGUUACGAUCAGCAUGAAGAGGUGAAAUUUUUGCACAGCUCACACUCAGAAUGUCCUAAAACACAUCAGGCUUCUUCAGCCUGCUUCGUUGCCACUUUAUUAUGGUUACAUGCUUCCUACAAUGAAUAUUGCACUUGUUAUUAUUACCCUGCUUGUUACUCAGGGCAAAAGGUGCUAAAGCUUUUCUUGUGACAAGACUGAAGCACCAGAUGUGUAUCAUCUCUGAAGGUGUAUACUAAAUAAUUCACAUUUAUUUUAUUGUCUUGUCUGUUUUGAGUUUUCCCCAGUUUAAUAACAAAAAAUACCUACAAUAUUUUCUAGCAGAAAUGUUUUGAGAGUUGAGCUAUUCGAAUUCCGAGCUAUUCCCCCCAAACAGUACAGUACUAUAACAAUGACCAUAAAGGCAUUUGGUGAAAAGAUGGGUUUAUAAAUUGUUUAAUUACUAAUCAGAUCCAAGGCUAAUAUUUCCAAGUAAGAUAAUUGAAUUAAAUUAUUGUAAUAUUUGUGGUGGGCAAAAGGUCAAUUUCACUGUGAGGUGAUGGAAAAUCCAUUUUUCAUUUAUGUUUUGGUGAGUUUAUUAUUUUUCUUUUAAUUCUUUGUGCUGAUGGAAGUACUGUCCAUGCAAUGAUCUGUAAGAGAAUGUUACCAUACUGUCCUUACUACUGUAUACAUGUUUGAUGCUUUGUGGCUGUAACAUACUACACAGUUCAGGGUUAAUUAAAGACAAAGAAAUAACGAGAA